UGCGGAUUAUGCAAUCCGUAGUAACCCCGCAGCCACGAGGAGUUCGCCGGAUUCUGGGAAGCGUUUGUUUGGUUUAGUAACCAUGGGAAGGAUUCCACUCGGUCCUAGAGGGAUCCGGGUUCUUAGGGUAUUUGAAAUACCCGCAGCUGAAAUGCUGUAAGAAGGAAUUCUAUGACGUAGCGUUCUUGAAAUUGUUCCGUCAAACUCAAUCCAACCUUUCAGUGGCAGUUCGGGAUGUGAAUUGCUUCGGAACAAAACCGACUCUCCAGUUCCAGCAAUAGAAAGAUUACGAAUCUACCUUAUUCUAGGUUGUAGGGUCAGGUCGCUCGGAUUUCCACUGCGAAGUACUAUGCGUUAGAAACGCAUAUCUAGGAGAUAGGUGUGAGGACGAGGAGUUCCCUCUUCUAUAUUCGCCUUGCUUAAAUUUGUUUAAAUAGAAGGGGGCUUUCUGGAAGUACGACGGACGUGCUGUUGUUUUGUUGUUUACCUCAGGUACUGUGCCCGUGAAGAGAGGCGGGUCUAACGAACGCGGCACAAGAGUUGAGUUUUUCUUUCACACACUCGUGUCUACGCAGAAUUUUUACAAUGACGGCCAGCGAUUGCAAAAAAAUUAAAUCACAUUGACUUUAUGAGUCUCUGCCUUUGUUCCGAGAUAGCUACACCGUGGUAUUAACAAGGAUAUGCGAGGAACAAGCCGGUCUAUCCAGAAAGGGCUUUUACUUUUCAUUUCGACAUCGAUACAUUUUAUUUAACGAAAGUAGGGCUUAUGUGUCUGUUUUUCUUUUUUUCCUUGAAACAGCGGGACAGAAAGUGCCGCAAACUCCCAAAGGGAACUAGUUACUCGGAGAUCUGCUGAAAAGGAGCUCGGUCUCUGACGUUUCUCCUUUCUGAUUUGCGCAAGCUCCCCGGGGCAGCGGGCGUAGUUUGUCUUCGCUCGGCCACCGUCCCCGCGCCGGGACGGGGUAUUUUGUCCGCCUGCCGCCGCCGUCCGAGCUGUUAGUCACCGAGUUCCAGGCCGCGGGAGCGUGGGGUGUGCGGGAGCCGGCUGGCGUUGCCGGCACCAUGGAGUCGCCUCUUAGCCCGGGCCUUUCUCACCGAGCGAACGAGGAUUGGGAUUCUGCUCUGUUUGCUGAAUUUGGCUAUUUCACAGACACUGAUGGCCUGCAGUUGGACACGACAAAGGAAACUUACGAAAAUAAUUUUGAUACUCUUGAUUUUGACUUGGAUUUGAUGCCUUGGGAGACAGGCAUUUUGGACAUCAACAACCAGUUCUGUACAGGCAUUAAGGCAGAGCCUCAGCCACUUUCUCCAGCCUCUUCGAGUUGUUCAGUUUCCUCUCCUCAGUCCGUGGACUCUUGUUCUUCAACCCAGCACGUUCCUGAGGAGUUGGAUUUGUCUUCUGCUUCCCAGAUGUCUCCCCUUUCCUUGUACGGCGAAAGCUCUCAUAGUCCCUCCUCGGCAGAGCCACUGAAAGAAGAUAAGCCCAUCAUUGGCCCUAGGAGCAGAGUUGCAAAUGGAAUGACUCCAAAGAAAAAAAUUCAGAUGACUUCAAAACCUUCAAUUCAGCCCAAGCCUUUAAUACUUCCAGCGGCACCCAAGACUCAGACAAACUCCAGCGUUCCAGCAAAAACCAUCAUAAUUCAGACACUGCCAACACUGAUGCCAUUGGCAAAACAGCAACCAAUUAUCAGCAUACAUCCUGCACCCGCUAAAGGUCCAACAGUAGUGCUCUCUUCGCCUGCCGUGGUCCAGCUUCAGGCACCUGGAGUCCUGCCCUCUCCUGCCCCGGUCCUUGCUGUCACCGGGGGAGCCACGCAACUACCUAAUCCCAUGGUGAAUGUGGUGCCGGCCCCUGUGGCUAACAGCCUGGCGAAUGGAAAACUCUCUGUGACUAAACCUGUCCUACAAAACACCGUGAGAAGUGUGGGCUCGGAUAUUGCUGUACUAAGGAGACAGCAACGUAUGAUAAAAAAUCGAGAGUCCGCGUGUCAGUCCCGCAAGAAGAAGAAAGAAUAUAUGCUUGGCUUGGAGGCCAGGUUAAAGGCCGCGCUCUCGGAGAAUGAGAAGCUCAAGAAGGAGAACGGGUCACUGAAGAGGCAGCUGGACGAAGUGGUGUCCGAGAACCAGAGGCUUAAAGUUCCUAAUCCAAAACGAAGAGCUAUCUGUGUGAUGGUGGUGUUGGCGUUUAUAGUGCUCAACUAUGGACCCAUGAACAUGUUGGAACAGGAUUCCAGGAGAAAGAAUCCUAGUGUGAACCCUGCAAAUCAGAGGAGGCAUCUUCUAGAAUUUUCUGCUAAAGAGGUGCAAGACACAUCAGAUGGCAUCAUCCAGAAAAACAGCUACAGAUACGAUCAUUCUGUUUCGAAUGACAAGGCCCUGAUGGUGCUCAGCGAAGAGCCACUCCUCUAUAUCCCUCCCCCUCCUUGUCAGCCCCUGAUUAACACCACAGAAUCUCUCAGGUUAAAUCAUGAGCUUCGAGGAUGGGUUCACAGGCAUGAAGUGGAAAGGACCAAGUCCAGAAGAAUGACGAAUAAUCAACAGAAAACCCGUAUUCUUCAGGGUGCUCUGGAACAGGGCUCAAAUUCUCAGCUCAUGGCUGUCCAAUACACAGAAACCACUAGGAUCAGCAGGAACUCAGGGAGUGAGCUGCAAGUGUAUUACGCGUCACCCAGAAGUUAUCAAGACUUCUUUGAAGCCAUCCGCAGAAGGGGAGAUACGUUCUAUGUUGUGUCAUUUCGAAGGACAUUUAUUUCUGUUGGUGAAGAAUGUGUUAGUCGAUGCAAAAGGAAAUGGGUGCACGAGUACUCUUGGAUGUUACGAAUGUUAGACUAAAUGGAAAUAAGAUGCGUGGCUGUAUGCUUUCUAUCUUCUUUUCCUAUAAAAUGAAAAUACAUUUUUCAUGGAGUUGCCAUGUGAAUCUCUGUUAACACUGCUGUGUGUGAAACCAGGAACACAUGAAUGACUUAGAACUCCUGGGUGGUUUGUAUCCUAGGCCGGCCUGCCUGCCUGCCUGCCUUCUUUCGUUCUUUCGUUCUUUCCUUCUUUCCUUCUUUCCUUCUUUCCUUCUUUCCUUCCUUCCUUCCUUCCUUCCUUCCUUCCUUCCUUCCUUCCUUCUUUCCUCCCUUCCUUCCUUUUUAAAGAAUGUUGAGGGGGCACUGUUAGAAAUAAACCUGUGCCAACAGGAGAGCAAACAAUUCAUUCUCUGGUUAUGGUCACCACUAUCUAAAAUUGUCAGUUAAUUCUUUUCCUAAGGCAUGAAUAUCUAGUAGCUUGGAAGUUUAGAAUCUGAGAACGUUGACACUUGAAGAUUAGAGAAAUAAGAAAUUUCAUAUAUUUUUAGCUGAUAAUCAAAUACACUGGGAGAUUUGGCAUACCUCACCAAUGGCAUCUCAUGAUUUCUGCCCUUUCACAAAGUUCCUUGUGCCCAGCUUAUUCUCUCAGACGUAAUUGGUGUAUUUCUAUACUGCAUCAGCCUCAAAGUUCAUUUCCAGCAGCAAGGGGGCAGCUGAGAACAGGGUUUCAGCAAGGUUCCAACUGUAUUGGCUGCUGAGAAGUAAGUCUUUGCCUUAGCGUCAGACACCGUCAUGUUAAAAGUGGGAAGAAAAAGCUAAACUUUAGACGUGAGAUGUGGGAGCACUGUGGAGAGACUUGAUGGGUGUUAAAGUGAACGUGUUCAAGUAUAUGUUUAUGGAAGCUACCACCGAAGAGUGUUUUUAACACUCGAAUAGCUGUGUACUGUUUCUUAGGUUCCAGAUAACUUCUCUAUUAUUUGACUAAAACAGUACAUUUAACACAUAUUAGAAGUAGCAGUGGUCAAGCCAUGGGUUGAAAUCAUGGUUAGUAACGUUUUUCUAGGGAAGAGAACAAUAAUUCUAGCUUUAAAGGGAUUAUAUCUACAAAGGAAGAUGAAUGGUGUUUUUAUUUUAAAUAUACACAUUAUAUUUCUUGCGUUUGUAAGAGCUCUCUCUCUUUAGUUUGCUGUAGAAAGUGCCGUUGGAGAAUUACUGAUUUCCUCUCGCUGCCCCAACCUUUUGAUGUUCUGGAAUAAACAGUCUUUCUCAUGUUCUGGAAAACUGUUGAGACUAUCUGUCACAUUCUGUUUGGAUUUUUUAUUUCCUAGUUACUGAUUUAUCACAUCUUGGUGUUUUAUGUCAAGGAACAGUAAGGAUAAACCUGAACUUCAUUAGGUAACAGUAGUUAGAGACAACAUCCUUUUUUAUUUUUUCUUGUUUUAACAGUGGUGAUAAGGAAGUUAAUUUGAUCAUGAUAGCUAUAAACUAUGUCAUGGGACAAGAAUAUUUGGUUCCUAAAUGCUGGAUGGUUCUUUUUGUUCUCGCUAAAAUGAAAAUGAAAGAAGUAAUGACCUCAUGCUUGGUUUCUGCUUCCGUUUGUCAAUAUAAAAUAUUCUAACAGUUUCAUCAAAAAGGUGAGGAGCAUCAUUUCUUGUGCAGAAGGAUGUAGGCUUUUUCUCAUUGACAGAAAUUCUCUUAAUUGAUACUAUAUGAUUGCAUUGGAAUUUAAGAAAUACAGAGAUUCUAAAGCUUCAAGGUUUGGCUUAGUGUAAAUGAGACAUAACAGAAGCCAUAUUGUUUCAUUUUAUAAUUGGAUAUGUAUUUGAUGAAAUAUUUGAUUAUCUAAAAAGGUGGACAUAGCCAUUGACCAUUUAGGAUACCAUUAUUUAAUAAACCUAGCUUGUCUCAGCCUCGUACCUCCUCACACCCCACACUCCUAUGCUCUUUAAUCAUGUUGCAGUUGAGCUGCUGAAAUAAUUUUCUCCAAAGCAGACUCACUCUUGGAUAACUGCUGACUUCCUGCUACAGGCCAGCAGGAAAGAAUGCUUGUGAUCCCAAUAAUCCUGUCAGAGGCUCAAACCUUUUCCUGUUCUUUUGACUUGGCUUUAAGUUUUUGCCUCCAACUUAGUAACUCCCUCUACUCCCUUUAUUUAGUUCCAGGUGUUCAUAACCUAUUUUCUUCUAAGUAUUUUGUCUUUUCCUCCUUUCUUUGACUACGGUUUGGAGCUGCAGUGGUGGGAAAUAACUUUUUCUCAGACUUUCAAGUCACUUUGAGUGUGGUCUGAUACAUUAAUAAAAAAAAAAUCUAGUUAAAUUUAAUGUUGAUUUUUUUUUUUUCUCUGUGCUUUCAUAGGAUAGUCUGUUUAGGGAGGGAGGGAGUAAAUGAAAGAAUAGACUAAAAUGAUGUCAAAAACAUGGGACAGGGACAAAUAGUCAGCAAGGCUCGUGCAAGGUGGGAUAAGAAAGUGACUCUAAAGAGGGGAGGAAAGAGAACAUUGGGAAAAAAGGUAGGAAAAUGAUAUUUACCUUAUCUAUAAUUCCACUAAACAUUGCAAUACUAUUCUAGAUGCUGCUCUGUUAUCUCUGAAUAACAGGAGAGAGUCAUUCGUGAUCUUCCUGGGGGCAAUUUCCCGUUAAGAACAGCCUCGUUCUGAUUCAGAUGGCUGUGAAUGUCAGCCCACCGUAUUAUCUUCAUUCUUAAAAAUUUUUUUAAUGUUUAUUUAUUUUUGAAGGAGAGAGAGACAGAGCGUGAGUGGGGGAGGAGCAGAGAGAGAGGGAGACACAGAAUCUGAAGCAGGCUCCAGGUUCCGAGCUGUCAGCACAGAGCCCGACACGGGGCUCGAACCCACCAACCUCAACAUCAUGACCUGAGCUGAAGUCAGAUGCUUAACUGACUCAGCCACCCAGGUGCCCCAACCAUAUUCUUUUCGUUCUUGUUUGAGAUUUCCUUUUCAAAUGAAAUGGAUGCCUGCUUUUUGGAACACUAUUUAUUUUAUAUUUUCUGUUUUCACUGCCUGUCCCUCAAGACAAAGUCAUACAUUUAACGCUGUCUUUUCAUCUAUUUCAGAUACAUACAUAACGUAACACACAUAAGGAGAAUGUGAGCUGUAGCUGUGUGCCUGCCUCAGAGAUGUUUCUCCCCCUCCUUCUGAACACUUUAUGUGUUCUAGAUACAGUAACCCUUUCUGAGUGUUUUAUGUAUUCUUAGAUAUAGUCCCAUAUUUGGGUAUUUUAUCCCUUCUUGGUCUCUUAUAAAAAAUUUGUUAGUGGUAUCAUGUAUAUGGCAUGGAUUGUUAGGAUAACCUUAAAUAAUAGGGUCUUCCUGGAAGAUACAUGAGCAAUGAAGAGGUGCAGGAACCUGGCUCAACAGCCAAAUAGUCCCCCUGGGCUUGUGCUUCAUAGCCUGGAAUGUGUACUGGUCCUCCCAGAGAUUAGCAUAGUGGCUUGUCAUCAUUCCCGAUUUGGUGGCAGUUCCAGCGAUGCCACGGCACUCUUUUUCACACAGUUGCUCAUUCAGACUUUCUGGAUAGAAAGAAUAUCUGACUGUGUGUGUGUGUGUGUGUGUGUGUGCAUAUAUACGUGCAUAUAUCAUCUCUUAGGUAGAAUCUUAUGUAGAUGGCCUGCCUCAUGAGUCAUGGUUCAUUGAUUUGUGACCAGGGAAAUAGGGUUGAUUUCAAAUGCAUUCUCUUGCUUUGUAAGCCAGCAACUUUAUGCAGAAGGAACAGCCUGGGGCCACUCUUGUGAAAAAAUGAUUGUGGCGAGCCUUUAGAGCUUCAUAAAGUGUUUAUUACACUACACAAUCUGGCUUUUAAAAACAAUUCUUUCUUGUAUUGGUUCCUAAUUGUUGGAUCUAAGAGGCUUGCCUUCUCAUCUAGACCAUAACCGUCUUAAAGGCAGGAAAGUGUCCGAUGCUUUUUUAUUACCACUCCUGACACUGAGCACAAUGCCAGCCACUCUGUGUUUAUUUAUUUAUUUUUUUAAAUUUGUUUUGAGAGAGAGAGAGCAAACGGGAGGGACAGAGAGAGAGAGAGAGAGACCAGAUGCCAAGCAGGCUCUGUGUCGUCAGCACAGAGCCCCACGUGGGGUUCAAACUCAUGAACCGUGAGAUCAUGACCUGAGCUGAAAUCCAGAGUCAGACGCUUAACCGCCUGAGCCCCCCAGGCACCCCUAGCCACUCUGUGUUUAUUAAGCAAAACAAUUUUGGGUAAUGGUUCACUAAGAGAAAUCACAGUGAUGGAAAUUUGUUGCUUUUCAUAAUCAUUAAAGGAUAUUUUUACAUCUGCUUUGCUUAAAGCAAUGUGAAUCUUCUUUACUGAUGCAAGGAAUAACAUAAGCGAUGCUGAAUUCCAACAGAAAAUUCAGAGAUGACCUUUCCUCUGCCCCUUUGUGGUGGCACUGGCCAGAGCUGCAUCGGCUUCGUUCUUGACUCUGAAUCUAAGGUUUAGAGCUGAAGAAAUCACCUGGGUGAAAUGUUUGUGAAAUGUUGAACAGUUCAGAGAUAGAACUUUGAGGUGCUUACAUCCUCAGUGUUUAGUAUUUGGCAGAAACAUUUUGGCAUAGAUUGUCGUUUGACCUCAUUGCUUUCUUGUUUUGGAGAAGAGCUUAUGUCUAGUAUCUGUAGAGUCCGGCAGCAAGAGCCAGAAACUUGGAGCCUUGGACAAAGCAUAGGAAAGGCUCUAAUUAGUGCAGGAAGGCUGACUUGUGAUAUUAUUGGUUCAAAAUGUUUGCCAAGGAUUGACUCCCAUGGAAGGCCAUAAAAAGGAAUUUCACAGAAUAACAAUGAUAUUUCCUAAGUGUAACACCUACAUUAAUACCUACUAUAUGCUUAGAAAGAAUGGCAUCUUUUUUGGAUGCAUGUUAUUUAUUUCUUGGAAUUACUGUCUAGUGUAUGAAAUCUUCAGAGGCAAGAGGAAUUUCCUUAGUAAUCAAAGAAUAUUAGUCACUUUAUAAAGUCUACUUCAAAAGGAUUCAGCUCCUUUUGUUUUGGGACCUCACAACUGGAACAUAGACACAUCAAUCUUGGAGGUUGGCCAUUUUGUUAUCUCCACUUUCAUUGCGUUUUAGCCAAAUUCUUUCUCUAGAUAGAAAAAAAAAAAUGGGAAUAAAUGAGUUUGGAAAGAUACUUGCAUUUAAAAAAAAAAAAAGUCUUAUCUCAGAAGAGAGACUUUUUUAAAAAACCUUUUAGGAGGUUUUUUUUUCUAAUAAUUUUUAACAUUGAAAUAUAUCUCAUUCAGGUCUGAAGCACAUUAUAAAAAAUAGAGCAGAAUUCUCUGAGUAUCCGCUCAGCCACUUAACGAUUAAAUCUGUAACAUUCUCUUCAUUCAUUUUCUCUUCCAUUUCAUUUAUACACAAACGCUGCCACCUUCAGUGUUUACGACCAUUAUAGUGUACAAAUUUUUUGACAUAGUUUUGUUAGUUCCUUAAAAUAAUAAAGUAAGUACUCCUAGUCCCGUUUUACAGGUGAAGAAAUUGAGGCAGAGAGAGGUUAAGUGGCUUGUCUGAGGACACAGGAAUUGUAAGCAAUAGAGCUAGGGCAAUCAUUGAGGCCUUCUAAUUUAAAUUUUUUUUUUUUUUAACGUUUAUUUUUGAGACAGAGAGAGAGCAUGAACGGGGGAGGGACAGAGAGAGAGGGAGACACAGAAUCAGAAGCAGGCUCCAGGCUCUGAGCCAUCAGCCCAGAGCCCGAUGCGGGGCUCGAACUCACGGACCGUAAGAUCGUGACCUGAGCUGAAGUCGGAUGCUUAACCGACUGAGCCACCGAGGCGCCCCCAUCGGCCUUCUAAUUUAAUACAGUGAUUUUUUUCUUUACACUCUAGUGCUGUCCUUCAGACAUACUACAGAAUAUGUAAAUAGCAUAAUUACUCCUCCAAAGCCAUUUUCUUUGCCAGAUCUGCUAGGCAUUUUUACUGGAGUUACCUAAUAACAAUUCAGAUUUUUGAUUACCUGAUGAUAGAUUAUUUAUUAGGUUACACUUUCACAAUAGUAGAGAAUAACCUGAUGCUCUGUAAGAUUUUAUCCAGGGAAUGGAAUAAAUGGGCAUUGAGAGCUUCUGGUUUCUUUUUAGAACAAUUGGGGGGAAAAAAAUCUAUGUGUAUCUUAAAAAGAAAGGACUUUAGCCAAAAUAGACACCCUUUUAAUAAUUGGUACUCUAGAAUGUCUCAUAGAGAAGGGUGGUUUUUGUACAUGUAUAAGUGCAUUUUAUUAUGGAUUCUGUAUCUGGCCUGCCAGAUCCCGGAGAUCAGAAACUUCUGAUCUCAAGCUCCUCGUUAAAUAUGAAUUACUGUUGUGUGGUUUUAGGGGAUUUAGUCAUUUGUUCCUUGGCUCUAUAACAGAUUGUUAGCUAACAUAAAUAUUUCUAUUAUUUAUACUCUUCAAUGCAAAUUCUAAAGUGAUUUGUUUUAUGUUUGAAAAAUGAUGAUAGUGUCUGUGACUAGACUUGGAUACAGAAUAGCCAUGGACACAGAGAACUUAUAAUUCACAAAGCGCUUGUUUAUUUUUCUAAAGCUUUUAAUUAACUUACUUAUUCUGAGAGAGAGAGAGAGAGGGAGAGCAAGAUCCCAAGCAAGCUCCACACUGCCAAUGCGGAGCCCGACGUGGGGCUCAAACUCACAAACCGUGAGAUCAUGACCUGAGCCAAAACCAAGAGUUGGACGCUCAACUGACUGAGCCACCCAGGAGCUCCCACAAAUAAUUUAAAGUCUUCAAAACUCUCAGGGUGGUAGGCAGAUCCAUCUGAAUCAGGACAGUUUUCCAACUGUUCAUUAUUUGUGUGCUCUAUUUAAGUCUUUGUUUUAUAACAUGUUUUUCUUUCUUUUUUUUUUUUAACGUUUAUUUAUUUUUGAGACAGAGAGAGACAGAGCAUGAACGGGGGAGGGUCAGAGAGAGGGAGACACAGAAUCUGAAACAGGCUUCAGGCUCUGAGCUGUCAGCACAGAGCCCGACACGGGGCUCGAACUCAUGGACCGCGAGAUCAUGACCCGAGCCGAAGUCGGCCGCUUAACCGACUGAGCCACCCAGGCGCCCCUAUAACAUGUUUUUCAUGUGCACUUUUUAAUCUCCCUUUUUAGGUUGCAUGCUUUUUCUGGGCAGGGAUAAAAAUCUUUUCGUUCUGCUUUCCCUUUCUAUAAGGUCUGUUGCAACACACUCCAGACUGUGCAGAGCAAGUCCUAAAUAAAUGUUGGCUGCUCAAAUCACUGUUUAUUUGUGCCCUUUAACCUUUUUAUAUCCUACUGUUCAAAAGAUUAGUAGAGGUGGAGUUUGCAGAAACAAAAGAGGAAAUCUUUCUCACUGAAUGUUUAAAACUACUUUUGUAAUUCAAAUAGCAAUGACAACUUUAAAAAUACACAAUCUGCUCUGAUGUGGGUGGACUUUUAACCAUAGAAUAAAGUCCUUUCUGCAAGCCUUCUAAAGUUACCUUGAAGAAAGGUGGUGUUUAGUAAUAGAUAGCUUGAAAUUUUGAUAGUUUCCUUCUCAUCAAAUUUCAGAUUUUUCAUAAUGAGGGAAUAUUUCCUGAAGGCAAAACUGCAUUCUAAGAAAGGUAUUUCUUCACAUCAUGAGUAGAUGAGGGAAAAAAAAACGUUUUUUCAGUAAUAUGUUGAUGCAUACUUUAGAGACCUGCAUUCCAGCCCUGAUUCUCCCUCUCACUAUUUGCUCUGUGACUUUGGACAAAUCGCUUGUCUCCUUUCUUCAGUUUCUUUAUCUGUAGAAUGAUGGAGUAGGUUUGUAGCUCUAGAAAUCUAUAGUAUUCUUUGUGUGUGUGUGUGUGUGUGUGUGUGUGUGUGUGUGUGAACACCGUCCUCUUAGAAAUCUGUGGUAUUAUGUUUGUUUGUUUGUUUUUCAUGUUUAUUCAUCUUUGAGAGACAGAGACAGAGCAUGAGCGGGGAAGGGGCAGAGAGAGGGAGACACAGAAUCCAAAGCAAGCUCCAGGCUCUGAGCUGUCAGCACAGAGCCUGACGCGGGGCUCGAACUCACAAACUGCGAGAUCAUGACCUGAGGUGAAGUCGGCCGCUCAACUGAGCCACCCAGGUGCCCCGGUAUUACGUUUGUUUUUGACGUAGCUAAAGUGAUUCAGUCUAGUGGAGUUAGUAUGUUUUAAGGGUUUUAGAAAACACCUAUCACAAAAACAACAAAAUGUCAAGUUACGAGGUGGGCCCAUAAAUUAAUGAGGUUGAGUUUUUAAAUUUUUUUUUUUUAACGUUUACUCAUUUUUGAGACAGAGAGAGACAGAGCAUGAAUGGGGGAAGGUCAGAGAGAGAGGGAGACACAGAAUCUGAAACAGGCUCCAGGCUCUGAGCUGUCAGCACAGAGCCCGACACGGGGCUCGAACUCACGGACCACGAGAUCAUGACCUGAGCCGAAGUCAGAUGCCCAACCGACUGAGGCACCCAGGCGCCCCGAGGUUGAGUUUUUAAUAGCUGCUGGUCUUAUAAUUUGUCUAAUAAUCACUUUCAUAGUGCCUAUAAUGUGCCUGCCUUCAAUCUUCACAGUAUCCCUGUGAGGUAAGUACAGUUAUUACGCUCAUGUCGCAGAUGGGGAACUUGAGGCACAGCGGGGUUACUCAGGUGUCUAGUAUGACAUAGUCUGGACGUGACAGAGUCUAGUUUAACCAAGAAAGUCUGGCUCCACAGUCUGUUUAUGAUCAUUUCCCUAUAUUGCCUUUCUAGAACCUUUAUAUAUCCAAAUGUCUUUUCUUUCACAGUAUUCAAUUUGGAAUUUAAUUCCAUGGAUCUCCGUGUUCAUAACAUACACUGAGUUGCUUCAGGUUAAUUUUCCAAAGAGAACAAGAUCCAAGACAAAGCCCAAUGGAAAACCAAGCCACAUGCUAUGUAAAGUAAUAGUGUAGGAGGAACAGCAGGUAGCAGGGGAACACAGAGAAAAGGUUAGAGAUGGAGAAGGAGAAUUGGAAUAGUAUACCACAGAUGAAGUGAGAAAACUGACUUGUUUAUUUGAUUUUAAAACAUGGAGGUUGAGGAGGAAGAGUUCGAAAAGAAGGUGGUCAACAGUAUCGGGUCUUACAGAGCUCGCUGAGAAUGAGACAUGAGAAAAGUCCAUUUGUUCUGUAUAAACAUGGAAGUCAUUGGUGAUUUGAGAUUACAGUUGUGGUAGAACAGAUUCAGAACGGAAUCCAGAGGCAGUAGGAGAGAACGUGAAGGAAAUAAAGUGGUGGGUUUGGUAAACUUGGCAUUUAAGGGAAGGUGGAUGGCCUGGAUAUGGUUAAAGAGAGCUAAGGGCGCGCCUUGUGUGUGUGUGUGUGUGUGUGUGUGUGUGUGCAUGUGUGUGUGUGUGCAUGUGUAUGUGCAUGUGUGUGUGCGUGCGUGCGUGCCUUUGUUUAAGGAUAAGGAUAAAGGUAAAAUAUACGGCAAAUGCAGACUGUUGUGGUUAAUUUAUAUAUAUUGAAUGUAAGAAGGAGCAUAUGUUUUAUUCUUGACAGCUGUUUUAAAAGAAAAUAAGCAAGUCAUUGUUCGUUCCUCAUCUUAAUGCUUUUGUGUUUAAAGCAGAGCAUGGAGAAAGUUGAAGAACAAUUCUUGUUUGUUUAUUUGCAGUGGGACUACAAAAAAAAAGAGUAUGGAAUUAAAACCAGAUUUUUAAAAAAUAAAAUCAUAUUUCAAGUAUUCCUUGAGGCAUCAAGUCUUUUAAAUCUUAAAUAAAGAGGCAUUUUUAAAAUAAUGGCCAAGAGUUUUAAAAAUAUAAAGCUUGAUAGAACUCUUUCUAAUUUAAUUUAUACAUAGAUGGUCUAGGAUUUUUUUCCUCCUGUAAAGCCAGAAAACUAGCAACGUAGGCUGUUAAAUCAUUUUAUGUCUAAACAAAGUUUGGUGUAAGUUUUUUGAUGAUGUCACAAUCUUAAUUAUGGAGGAAGCAAUUAUUAUGGUUAGGAAAAGUUGAUGAUUUACGAUCUGACUCAGGAUUAAGGUCUGAAACACUCGUGUCAUUUCCUCCCCUCCCCCAUAUGUGGUGAUUUGUUCAUUUUGGACUCUGAUUUGUUUAACUUUAACACCAUCAGCAAAUGUGAACACUGACACUUAGUUGGUUUUUGCUGAAAAAUCCUAAGGCUAGCAGUAGCGUGAUAUUUAUUUUAAGGCAUUGAUGCUAAUCUAUGAAGAGCCUAUUAGGAGUAGGCUUUGAGGAGUUUUCCAACUCCUAGUAUGGGAAUCACAUUGGAAGUCAACAGGAUGGAUGAUUAGUUGAGACCAGGAGUGUGGAAUAUGUCUAACUAAAUGAUGAUGUGAUUGUUUGCUUCAUGUGUAUUUCCUCUGCCUGGCCCUAAGCACCCUGAGGGCAAGAACUGUCUCUGUCUUAGUCAUCACUCUAUCCCUAGUCUCCACCAGAGCACCAGGCAUAUUGCAGAUACUGAUUGAACACACCAACAGACUGGAUACCAUCCACCAACUUGACACCAUAGUCUAGUUUAUACCACCACCACAACCUGAUAGAGAAUUUGUGAUAGACCAGCUUCUUGACCGUUUUUAUCAGGGCCAUCUGCGUCUCAUGGUGAAUCUGAAAACCAGUCUCUGAAAAGUAAUGAAUUCAGAUGCCAAGGCUAGUUACCAUUAUGCAUGAGGGAAGCUAUCCACUCAGGAGGAUCCUCUUGUAUUUCAGAGUUGAUGUCGGUAGUACACGGAGAGAGAUGAUUUUUCAGUUAGGACGCCAACCAGACCGUGGUGUCAUUUUAAGCUCCAAAAUUCACAAGCCACGGACUGAAUAAGCUCCAUAUUGCUGGAGGCUCAUCUAUACUGUAUGCCCGUGGUGUCCUAGAAGGAUGGGACGAUGUUAGCAUUUUAGUCCCUGCGGAGCGUUUAUUUUGAAUAUGGAAGGUAUUCAAGAAAAGCUUGUCAACUUGAAUUGUUAAAUCUUCCAUAAACCGUGUCGGGAAUAAUUUUAGAGUCAUCUACGUUUGAUCAUGAUACGCCUAGAAAUAAAUUUUGAAGAUAAAACUAAAAUAUAUCCUACCGAAUAAACAGGCCUCUGUUAUCCAGUUUAAGUUCUAUAGCUAUCUCUCUUCUGAUUCCAUUUGUUACCGAAUAGGAAUUCAAUAGCUUAUUCUAUUAAGAAGGGGUCUGCCUUGGAGGGGUGUCAGAUAUUUACUUUGAAGUCUCUUAAAGACACUGGUUGCCUUCUCCCUGUAAAAUGUGCUUUGAAUUAGUGGCUUUUCAGUAUCCAUUCUGGUGGAGGUACAAGCAGUGUGAGCUAACAAGAAUGAUAGAUAGUCAAAAAACAAUUUUUCCUUGACUUUGAAAUGAAGAAAAUCCAAGUCAGAGCUAUGCAGGCACACAUUUAUUCGAUCAGAUGUGUACUCACUCAUUUUCUAUGUGUUUGACCCUGACCUUUCAGUCUUCCAUUUUGCCAUCAGGCCUUAAGACCCACCUGAGAUAUAAGAAACUGGAGAUCCUUAGUUUGAUGUAGGCCAGUGUUCCUCCAGCUUUCUGGUUUCGUAACUCCUUUAUAUUUUCCAAAAUGCAAAGAAACGUGAGUGAGAAGAGUGGCAUGGUUUUCCAUUGUUAUGGAUCUCUUCAGUCGAUGGCUUACUAGAACCCAGCUGGAUUCAUGUAUCUGCUUCCACAUUAAUCAUUUCUUUUUGGUUGAAAUCUGUAAAGAAAACCUAGCCUCACAUAGAUAAUGUAGUUGGAUAAGGAGGGAAUCUUUUUAAAACCUUUCGGAUAGUUGUGCGUAUUCUUCUUUGAUACGACACCAUUCAACGAGAGAUCGUUUCUUAAAGGUUAGUUGCGGUGUAGAAGCCAAAUCUGUGAGCUUUUAAUUCGAGUACUCAGGUACAUUAAAAUCCCUUCGUUUAUUUGCAUUUUGGAUCUUUCACCAUGCAUGGUUUUGUAACAUCCCACAUUGGUCAUUUGGAGAAUCUUGGCUCACUGAGUUAUACGGAUCUUCCAAAUGUUCACAUGUUUUAUUACACAUUAUUUUAAAAAUCACAUUCUCUACAAUCUACAUUCUUUACAAAUCUUACCAGGAAAGUCUUUAAGUAUCAGGAAGCUGUCAAGGUUAUGGUAGCAGAUGCAAGUUUUCCAAAAUCCUAGUUUUCGCUCAAAGGCUCAAAUUUUACCAUUGUCAGAAAUACUGUCAGUUGUUUUCCUUCAAGUGUCAGGUUCCUUUAAUUUAUUUUCAAGUAAAUGUCUAUCAGAUAUCCACGUCUAAAUAACUACAGUUUGUCUAUAUGAUAUUCUUUUAAGUAAACCUGGUGUUCCAUUAAGGCAGUGGCUUAUACAGCUCACAAGUCAAUACAGAAGUGAUUUUCCUCUAGACAAUCAUAAUACUUUGUGAGGCACCAGAAGUGCUCUAUGUGUAUUUCCUGUUUGUUACACAGAAUACCAAGAAUCUAAUCAGAGGUCAAGAUUUAAUUAAUAAUUUUUAUUUUUUAUCAAGGAUAUCCUUCAUUUGAACUGAUUUUGUGUGUGUGUGUGUGUGUGUGUGUGUGCCCGAACAUGGGGUGAGAACUAACACAGUGGACUCUAACACAGUUGGGUCCCACUGCGUUGGUAAGGCACCCGCAGUGCCUUUGCACCAUCAGGGUGGAUGAUGAGAUUCAAGAAAGUUACUCAUCACUAAGUAUUUUAGUCCUGUUUAUGUUUGUUGCCAAGCAUUCACUUGAAAGAUCCUUGUUGCUGACUGCUUGGAGCUGCAGUUGAUCGGAUAUAAACAAAACGUUAAGUCUAUAGAUUCUUUUAUGGGCAAAACAAGAGCACAAUUCUGUGGUGGAAAUAUUAACUUAGUCUUCAUAUUUGCAGCGAAAUCUUUAAUUUGACGAGUUACUAUAAGAUAGUAGCAAGGCGGUGAUUUCUUUUCCUGAUCUUUCAUCCAGCAGGCACUGAGCAGGGUCAGCUAUCCAAGAUUUUAUUAGUUUCUCAGCCAUUGUGUGUGCUUCCGUAGCCAGUGCGUUAUAGCGUAACAUGCAAGAUGUUUCGGUGGUCUUUUCAUUUCUAGAAGGAAAAGCUGUAACAGAUUUUAAUUUUUAAAGAAUUCAUCACAUCUUUGUUUAAAAUAUUCAAGUCCUUUUUCUAAGUGAUUGGUCUCAGAAUGACACCGUAACUUAGCUGACACCAUAAUAUUUGAAAUGUUUUCUUGCAUCAGAGACAGUAAGAUAAAUUAUUAACACCUAUAGUACAAGAGAAAGAUAGCUUUCAACAUAUGGUCAUUUCUUAUUAACAGUUUCGACCAGUUUCUUUGGAGUGGAUUCCGCCUUUCCGUGAGUCACAGAAUUCUCUAAAGUGUCAGUUUUACCUUUUUCAGCAUCUUAGAUACAGACAGUACAGUUGUGGGGUAAGGAAGCAAGUCUUCUAAUCUCCCAUUUUUAAGCCAAUUAUUCAACCUUAAAUAGGAGAAAAACAUGUUGCAGAUAUUAGGAAAUAUUAAAUUUAAGAGUAAGAGUUUCUUGUAAAAUUUAGAAGUUUUCAAAAAAAUAUAAAUACUAUUACAAAACAACAAAAUAGACUUUCUUGCUUGUAUCUAGAUGGUAAGUUGCAUCCAUGUAACUAAACUCCAGAUUAGUAUGUUUUCAGGACUUUCUCCUUUAGUCUGCUACUAGAUCAUAAGGCUUAUAUAUUUAUCUUAAGAUUCAUUUUUUCAUGCACCCAGGGAACUUUUUUUUUUUCCAGAAACAGUUUAAUGAGUAUGAUGAUGAAAUGCUGGGGGCAAGUGUUCCAGUGAUAAAUCUGCCUCUGUGCUCCUGCAGUUUGUAUUCUACUUGAUGGGACUGACUAGAAAACCGAAAAAGUAGACAGAAAAAUUUGUAAAAUAAUUGACAGAUACAAUACAAAGACAGUAAGAUUUAUGCAGAAAACAAACAGUGGGAUCAGGGAUUAACAGGGAGGUCUACUGAAGACUGGAUCAAGGAUGCUCUCUUAAGAGGUGACAUUUAACGGACAGUGAGGCUGGGAUUCCAGGCAGAGAAAAGAGCACCUGUACAAGGCGGGAGAGAGCCUGAUUUGAGGUACUGAAAGAAAACCAGUGUGGCAGAAGACUUAGCGAAUGAGGUGAAGGUAGGCUGAGUAAUGAAAAUGAGGCUGGAGGGAUUGGAAGGAGCCAGGUCAUGCAAGAACUUGUGAGCUCGGUUUUAUCCUGAGGGCCAACGAAGGGAUGUAAGUAACCGAGUGACACGAAUGAUAGAGUUUGCAGGGUGACUUCAGUUGUCGUCUGGGCAGUGGGUUAGAGGGAGACAUGUUAGAAGCAGAGACCAAUCAGAACGCUUUCUCAGCUGUCCAGUCGAUAUGAUGAUGGCAGUGUUGUGAUGAAUGGGUUCUAAAUACAUUCUGUAGGUAGAUUCAGUGGGAAUUGGAGACAUACUGGAUAUGUUCAUAUUUCUAGCUUGAGUGACCAAGUAGAUAGUGGUACCAUUUACUGAGAUGAAAAAGGUUUGGGGUAGAGCAGGAUAGGUGUGAAUUUUAAGAGUUCUUUUUGGACACAUGUAAGUUUGAAAUGUCUGUGAGACAUUUCAAGGGGACAUGUUAGAUUGGCUCUGUGAAUUUGAUACUUGGGGAGGGGAGAACUCUGAGCUGAGAAGUUGAAUUUAGGAGUUGACUGUUUAGAGGUAUUUAAAUCCAUGAGCAUGCUGUCCUCAUCUAGGAAGAGAAUGUAGAGGGAGAAGGAGGUCCAGGCCUGAGUGAGAGAUCCCAUUGGAGAAGAUUAAGCUAACAAACCAGGCUGAAGUGGAACAGCCAGCAGAGGAGAAGGAAAGCCGGGAGAGGAGAUGUUUUCCAGGGGGCAGUAGUGGUUGACUUGAAUAUCACUGAGGGGUCAGGUAAGAUGGAGGUGAAGAGCCACUGGCUGUGGCAACAUGAAAGUCAUUGGCUUGUCCUUGACAAGAGCCCUGUAGUGACAACAUGGAAAUGAAGGUUAGAUUAACAGUGGAUCAGGCAGUAAGGAAAUGAGGGCACCAUGACUAUUUUAAUAGCAUUGGCUAUAAAAGGGAACAGAGAACAGGAAUUUUUUAAUCUCAAAAUAACAACUUAAAUUUUUUUGUUUUUUCACUUUAGAGAGAGAGCAGGAGUGGGGGAGAGAGACAGAGAGAGAAUCUUAAGCAGGCUCCACACUCAGCAGAGCCCGACAUGGGGCUCACUUCUACGACCCUGGGAUCAUGACCUGAGCCAAAAUCAAGAGUUGGAUGCUCAACCGACUGAACCUCUGGGGCUCCCCAACAAUGCAAAUUUGUAGAGAAUGAACUAGUCGGUAGGAAGAGAGCGGUAUUAUGGGAGAGGUAAUGAGGUCAUUGACAAGGAAUGAAAGGUCGAAUUCCUAUUACAAGUAGAAAGAUUGCCCUUUGCCAGAAGGUAGGAUCUUCAUCCUCUUGCAGUAGGGGCCGGACAGGUUCAUAGGUAGGAGGUUUGGUUCCAGGAAGGUAAGAGAGGACACCUCUGAGGGUUUCUGGUUUCCCCCUGAAGUAUGUUGUGAUUGUCUCGUGCGUGCCAGAGAAAUGGCAGGAUUGUCAGGCCAUGGUGGGGUGCCAAUUUGCAGCAUAAGUGAUAUUUUUGCAAGAAGGUGCCAAGUAUGGGGUUACAGUUGAUUAUUAAGACACAGGCCUUGUACUCAAGGACUUUCUAAUCUAAAGAAUUGAAAGACCGGGAGCGCCUGGGUGGCUCAGUUGGGUAAGCGUCUGACUCUUGUGUUGGCUCUGGUCAUGAUCUCACAGUUCGUGAGUUUGAGGCCUGCAUUGGGCUCUGUGCAGACGGCGUGGAGCCCGCUUGGGAUUCUCCCUGUCUCCCCGUCUCUCUGCCCCUCUCCUGCUCACUCUCUGUCUCUCAAAAACAAAUUAGUAAACAUUAAAAAAAAAAAAAAAAAAGAGACCAGUA